GUGCUGACUUUUCAAAGACAAUACCAUGCAGUCACGGCAAAGACUUUGGAACACCAGUGGUGUGGCAUAAUUUUUCUUCUUCUGUUUCUUGGCAAAAACUGAAUUCUACCAUUCUUGCACGCUCAUAUUUUUUUCCAUGAUUCUUACGCCAUGUUUGGUUGGUCGUGUUGGUUCAGAUGCACAUAUAUCAUUGUGUUAUCAUUCGUACGCAGAAUAAGGAUCCUUGGAUCAAAAAGCUCUUUGUGUGUUACCUGAACUACGUAUUCUUUCUAAGAAUUCAAAUCUUGUAUUCAGGAGCAUGUUAUGGCCACUAGAAUCUUAGAAGGCUUGGUGAAAACCAGUGAAAUAUAUUCUCUAAUCUUAGAUAUUCUCGACGGAUUCAACGGCUUCAACGACAAUGUACAAAUGCUCGAGAUGAAACUAGAAGAGCUAUGCUGCCUGGAACAUGACAUAAACAGAGAGCUAGAAAUUGAAGAGCUAGAGCAUGGAAAGAAAAGGAAACGAGAAGUUGAAAAUUGGUUGAGAAAUGUUAAAAGAAAGAAAACUGAAGUGCAUGGCAUGGUUCAGGAAUUGAGAGAUUGUGGAAUGUUUAGGCAUCUAAAGCUAAAUGUACAAGUAAGGAAACUAACAGGACAAGUUACAGAUCUCGUGGCGCGUGGUAGGUUCCCUGGAGGUAUUGUGGGCAGUGCACAGGAAUCAAGAGGAUGUGCAUUGUUGACAACAGAAUUAGCAGGUGCAAUGCUUCAGAAAAAUGUUCGAAAGAUAUGGGACUGGUUGAUGAACGAUGGUGUGUUGAUGAUUGGUGUGUAUGGCAUGGGAGGAGUGGGAAAAACAAGUGUGCUAAUGCACAUACAUAAUAUGCUUUUAACAGCAGUCACCAACUUUGAAAGUGUGUUUUGGGUGACUAUCUCAAAGUCAUUUAGCAUUCACAAAUUGCAGUGCGAUGUGGCAAAAAUAGUUGGGAUAGAUAUUUCCAAAGAAAGUGAUGAAAGGAAGAGAGCAGCAAGAUUAUCACGGGCCUUGGUGAGAAGGAAAAGAUGUGUUCUUUUUCUAGAUGAUGUGUGGAACCAUUUUCCUCUAGAGAGGGUGGGAAUUCCUGUGAGAGCAGAUGGGCUAAAACUGGUUUUGACAAGUCGUUCCUUAGAUGUGUGUCGAAGGAUGAAUUGUAAAAACAGUGUCAAAGUGGAGCCUCUUUCUAUGGAAGAAGCAUGGACCUUAUUUGUAGACAACCUUGGACAACAGACAAAUCUUUCUCCAGAAGUAAAACAGGUUGCAAGAUCUGUUGCAAAGCAAUGUGCUGGUUUACCCCUUGCAAUUAUUACAAUGGCUAGGAGCAUGAGGGGAGUGGAAGAGAUUUGUGAGUGGCGGCACACACUGGAAGAACUAAGAAACACAGAAGCAAAGCACCAGGAAAUGGAAAUGGAGGUGCUCCGGGUGUUGAGAUUUAGCUAUGAUCACUUGAAUGAUAAAAUAGUACAGCAGUGCUUCUUAUGCUGUGCAUUGUAUCCUGAAGAUUUUGAAAUAGACAGGGAUGUUUUGAUAGAGAGUUUUGUUGAUGAGGGGCUGGUGAAAGGAAUGAAAAGUUUGGAGGCCAUGUUUGAUGAAGGGAACACCAUAGUGAAUAAGCUUGAGAACAUUUGUCUUCUGGGGAAAGUGGAAAAUUUUGUUGGUGGAAAGAAAUGCAUGGGGCUACAGGAUGCUAGCAGUCAUAUAGCUAUUAGCAUGAUGAAAAGGGGAUGCCAACAUGUGGAACCAAUGAACAAUGUAGAAGGGUAUUAUGUGGGUAGUCAAUUGGUGAAAAUGCAUGAUUUGGUGAGGGCAGUGGCUAUUAAUGUUAUAAAGGAGAACAACAAUUUCCUGGUGAAGGCUGGAUUGCAAUUGACUAAGAUUCCUGAUGAAGUAGAAUGGAGUGAGGACCUAGAGAAGGUUUCCUUGAUGUGUAAUUGGAUACAUGAAAUUCCAACAGAGAUAUCACCUAGGUGUCCUAAACUUAGAACCUUGAUUUUGAAGCACAAUGAAUCCUUGACAAGGAUCUCUGAUUCGUUUUUUGUUCACAUGUCUGCUCUUGAAGUUCUUGAUUUGUCUUUCACAGAUAUUGAGGUUUUGCCAAAAUCUGUGUCUGACUUGAGUACCCUCACUGCUUUGUUGCUAACAUCUUGUAAGCGAUUGAAGCACAUGCCUUCACUGGCAAAGCUUCAGGCCUUACUAAGGUUGGACCUAUCUUUUACUGCAAUCACAGAAAUGCCUCAAGGUUUGGAAAUGUUAGUAAACCUCAAAUGGCUUAAUCUUUAUGCAAAAGACUUGGUGUCAUCUGGAAAAGAAGUAUCAAAAUUGACUAGUCUCCAAUUUCUUAUUCUCCACUGGUGGUCAAGAAAGAUAAAAGUGAAAGUAGAGUAUACAUCAUGCCUGAGAAAGUUGGAAACUUUUGCAGCUAACUUGUACAACAUGCAGCAUUUCAAUUCCUAUGUGAAAACAAUGCACAUAUAUGGACCUAGAAGUUACCUUCUUCAGUUAGACACUGAAGAGUCUCUUGGUAACUCUCCGUGGUGUUGUUUUGCCGAGGUUUGCUUUAGGAAGGAUGUGAUAAUUUCAAAUUGCAAAAUCAGAACAGGAGAAUCACCCCUUAUGCUCCCUUUAGACAUUCAACGCUUGAAGGUUGAAAGAUGUCAUGACAUUCGGAGCUUAUGUGACGUUAUGUCAUUGAAAAAUGCCACCUCUUUAAAGCGCUGUGAGAUUGCAGACUGUGAUGGACCAGAGUACAUGUUUUCUUUAUCUUGCUCUUCCUCAUGUUGCACCUCUCUCCACAGCUUAGAAUCAUUGGAACUCUAUAGCCUAAAAAAUUUGCAUGGUCUAUGUAAGGAAGAUGAAGUUGCAGCUCAAACCUUUCCACCAGGAAGAGCUUUUACUUGUCUGAAGUACUUUUUCAUCUACCAUUGUCCCCUUAUCAAGAAGCUUCUCAAACCUAGAUUGUUAGCUUAUCUACCGAACUUAGAAGAGAUAACAGUUCAUAACUGCAAAUCAAUGGAAGAAAUAAUCUCGGUUGAUGGAAUAGAUUAUGAAAGCUUUGGUGGUAAAAAAUCUUAUGUGACUAACAGAGAUACUAUUGUAGUAACACAUUCAAAGUUAGUGUCAUUAUCAUUAAAGCACCUACCAGAACUCAAGAGCAUAAGUAGUGCACAAAUGGUGUGCGAGUCUCUCAAAAACUUUAGAAUCUUUAAAUGUCCAAAACUUGCGAGGUUCCCAGAAACCGCCACCCCAGUUCAGAUUUUGUACGAUUCUUUCUAACUCUGGCCUUACUCUAUAUUUAUAUGUAUAUAUUGGAAGUAUGAUGACUGGGUUGGGUAACUGAAACGAAAUCUAAUUGAAAAUUUGUUGAUUGAGAUGUAAAUAUUCGGAAUAUGAUGACUGUGUAUGAUGAAUUGAUUACACUAGCUAAUUUCUCAAAUCCUUAGAGAGAAGACUUUUAAGACAACUGUAGAGUCGAAUGAUUAUACAGACUCAUGUCAUCUUAUAUUGAGUUCCAUGUUAUUAUCACAUAGCAUAGUUUAGCAUCAUAGCCAUAUCUCUGUAAAUAAAGUGAAACUAAAUUGUUUUUCUUUCAUUGAUAAGUCUUUAGCUAAGGGAAUAACAGAUUUUUCCAAAUUUUGCUUCUCUAUCCAAAACAUCCUCUUUUGAAUUAAAGACAGCAAACAAGGUGAAUUAGAUUGGCUGAUCUGAUUAGAUUUUCUUAGUUAUUGCCAUCCAUGGUUUAUUUUAAGCAGAAGGCAGUAAUUUGACCAAAGUAGCAUGAAAAUAUUGUUUGGUUAUUUGGAUCCUUUACUUGUUUAUAUCUUGAUAAAAAGGACCCUCUCUGGUGUUGCUUUUUUUUUUUUUUUUUUUUUCUGAUUGUUUCCAAUUAUUUAAGCACAAG